AUGCGUUUCUUCAACAUCGUCAGCCUCCUGGCCGGAGUCACCUCCGCAGCCACUGCCACCUCCUCGUCCUCAGGCGCAAGCGCAACCUGCUCGCCCACAGCCUCUGAUGCAAAGGUCCUUGAAUUUGCUUGGGGUAUCUCCCAGUUCAUCGGUGGCUACUACAACUCUACUGUCCCCAGCACCUUCGGAAACUCCAACAACGCCACCCUCCAAGCGUACCAGAAGAUCCUCUACGGUCUCGAGAAGGACAACACUCUAUCCACUGCCGCCGUCGAGAAAGUCGGCGCUAAGGCGCCUGGCUUCUCCAAGCCCCAGUGCAGCUUCACUUUCCCCCAGGUCAACACUACCCAGGCGUGGGCAUCCUAUGCCUACCGCUUCGAGGAUACCAUCACCGGUGCCUUCAUCGGUCUUGCCGGGUACACUGAGUCCCCCGAGGUCUCUUUCCUCAUGGCUCGUCUAGCUGCUGAGCACAGCGCCCACUCUGCCUUGAUUGGUAGCCGCGUUAACUCCACCAUGUUCUCUGCCAACUCUUCUUCCCUUGUGGCUGCUUAUGGCCCCGCCCAGGUCCUGUCCUCUCGCAACCAGACUGGUAGCCUCGGCGAGUAUCUUGGCGGAUGUCUCACUGCCCCCGUCAGCCGUUGUGGCCCCCUGAGAAUCGGCCCCUUGGCUGCUACUCCCUCCUCUUCCGGCGUUGCCAGCAGCACCGGCAUGGCUACUUCUUCUGCCAAGAAGAACUAA